AUGCCCAAAUUGUCCAAAAGCGCGAAACAGGAUUUGAUCUUGACUCAUCUCCGCAGUACUGGGACCUGUCACACGCUCAAGGAUCUAGAAAAGAUACUGCCCUCGGUUGCAUCAAUCAACGGCAUCCAGGUCAAGGAAUACAUCCAAGCUUUAACCGACGAGGGUCAGAUACGAGUGGAAAAGAUCGGCAGUGGGAACUGGUACUGGAGCUUCACCAGUGAUGAAAAGCAUAAUCAAGAGCGCCAGUUGGCCCAGGUGACAGAAGAGGUGGAGAAAGUCCGGAAGUCUUGCGCCGAUGCGGAAGCGGCGUUGGCCGCUGAGACCUUACGCCGAGGGGAGGAGACCGACGAGGAAGAUGAAAGGGAGACUCUCAUGGCCCAAAAAGCCGAGCUUCAAGCCGCAGUUGAUCGGGUACGGAUUGCAGAGGCCCAACUCUCUGGACCCCUCAAUUCGCUCAACAGCAAGGGUGUGAAGCAAGUCCAAGAGGAGCUAGCGGAGUUCCGACAGCAGGCACUGCAGUGGACGGAUAAUAUCUACAUACUGGAGGAAUACUUGCGCAAGUUAGCAGGCGGGGACCGACAAAUCAUUGAGGGGAUCCUGCGGGAGUGUUAUGGAGACGAAUACGUGGACGGCGAGGGCCUCUGUGAUCUAGGCUAG